AGUGUAUAUAACUUGAUAUAAAGGUAACCAUGUCGGGCGGAUUCGAGCCGUUCGCCCUCACUGAGGAUGAUGUGCUGAAGCUGAUUGCUACCAACGCGCACAUUGGAUCUGCUAAUGUUGACUUCCAAAUGGAGCAGUACGUCUACCAACGGCGUUUCGAUGGUUUGUUUCUUGGAUUUCUUGGUACCUUUCUUCUAUUUCCUUUUGCUGCAGCAAAUGGAGACUAGAGGUUUUGCAAGGUCGUUAUGUUUCUCCUUCAACAUAGCAGAUGAGCUUUUAAAUCUUGUUCUUUUUCAUUCUUGUGUUCCAGGUACUUACAUUAUCAAUUUGAAGAAGACAUGGGAGAAGCUGCUUCUUGCUGCCCGCGCCAUUGCCGCUGUUGAGAACCCUGCUGAUGUGGUAGUGGUCUCUGCUCGACCAUAUGCCCAGAGAGCCCUGCUCAAAUUCGCUGCUCACACUGGCGCAACUGCUAUCUUCGGUCGUUUCAGUCCUGGUUGUCUGACUAAUCAAAUCCAAAAGACCUUUAAAGAGCCUCGUCUUCUGGUCAUUUCUGACCCUCGCGUCGAUCAUCAGGUAGUGACUGAGGCUUCUUAUGUUAAUGUGCCCGUCAUCUCUUUCUGCAACACCGAGUCUCCACUCAAGCUGAUUGAUAUUGCUAUUCCUUGCAACAACAAGGGAGAGCAAUCCAUUGGUCUGAUGUGGUGGUUGUUGGCUCGUGAGAUUCUUAUUUUGCGCGGAAAGAUUUCUCGUCAAACUGGAUUCGUUCUUGAUGAUAAGGAGAUCAUGCCUGAUUUGUACUUCUACCGUGAUCCUCAAGAGUCUGAGAAGCAGGAAGCCGCCGAGGUUAUGCCUGAGAUCAAGCCUGACUAUGAUGUGCCCGGAGAGACUGUCGACUUUACUGCGCAACCCGAGAUCAAGGAUUGGGCUUCUGAGACGGCUACAUGGAACCCAGGAAGUAAGCCAGGAGAAACGGCUGGAGAAUGGGGAGCUGGCGCACCCACGACCACAUGGUGAUCGAAUGUGUUUAAGUCACGUGGUGAAUUGUUCGUUGUUAUUUACGACAUAAAUGUUAUUUUCUGCUUAUUACGCACUGUAUAGUAAGAGUAGAUUCUCAGACUUGUCUGUGGUCUUUGUAAUUUGCAGCAGUUGAGAAGUACUUGUAUGCCUAGGUGGUACGGGAUGACCUCCGCUAGUGAGCGUCAGAAAUGCCGGACCGAGGAUCUUCUCAAGAAGUACCCUCUUGAUGUUUUUCCAAACUGGGACAUUACAGCGGAUGAUAGGUACUAUGUGAAGGCUCCCAUCGAUCACCUUGGAGAAUGGGCGUUUCACGUUCGCUCACAUUUGACUGCUCUAAUUCUGGCAGGAAAUCCUGCCAUCGGAUUUUUGCAGUCUGUGCACACUGAAGCGAUGACGAAACUUGCUCGAGCGUUCAGCAUCUUGGGACUCGAGGUUUUCUUCUUCUCGCUAAUCGUUGCAAUGAUAUGGCUCUUUGACGCUCGGCUUGGUCGUCUUCUAUCCCUGCUUCUAUCACUGGGUUUCUUCAUCACCGGUAGUUUGAAGGUCGCUUUAUGUCUUCCUCGACCUCCAUCACCACCUGCACUUUGCCUGGAUGAGGAGAACAGAGAUUGGGCGUGGCCGUCGAAUCAUGCGCUGCUUGGCACGGCUUUCCCAUGGUUCAUAUGGAAUUAUUCGAGCAGUCACUACGAUCUGUCGUUAUGCUCAUCAAUCAUCUUGCUGAUUGUGAUUUUUGCAUGGAACGGAGGUGUAAGCUGGUCCCGCAUCUACUUAGGGGUUCAUUCACCAUGCGAUGUUUUAGGAGGAUGGACCAUCGGCGUAUUGCUGCUUUUCAUAUUUGGCGGAUUCUCUGAUAAGCUUUAUGACGCCUACGAGCGCAGCUCCUCGUCGGAUUUAUCAUUUUACAUCUACAUCUAUUCCGCCAUACUUUUCCUCAUAUGGGUACACCCAAGAGCAUGGCCAGAAACGCAAAGCUAUGGAGAGGUGAUGUCUGUUUUACCCGGAACUGCAGCCAUGUGGGGUGGACGAAUCUUCCACCUGGGUGGUCCGGAGAGUUCUGUGAGCUUGGCCGAGUCAGAUCCGAAUGCUCCUCUUCAGCAAUAUAUCUUGCGAUUUGUCAUAGGGGUGGUACUUAUUCUAACGAGUCGAGUGAUUUUGAAGCCAAUUGCUAAGCUAUUCAUCAAAGGGAUAUAUUCUCUGUUGGACUUGAAGUAUUACUCCUAUUCACUAAUGUGUAAAGAACUGGGCGGUAUGCAGCCAACGAAAAGAUACACCAAUCGUAUGCGUUUCAAGCCGAUACCGGGAGCGAAGGUGGUCCCAAACGACGUGAUUCCAUAUGAUUUGGAUCUACCAGUGAAAUUCAUUGUCUACUCGACGAUUGGAUUUCUCGUCUCCGAAGGCUGCCCAGCCCUUUUUGCUCGUCUCAAGAUCUAA